GAAGCUAGACACAAUUGGACUGAGCUGAAACAUUUCACCAGACUAACGGUAAGCCUUUUAUCUUUUUUGUCUUUUGUCACAUUGUCAUAAAAUUAUUUUUGAAAUAACUUGGCAUCCAGUUGUUUCCUGUUCAUACAGGCAUAUCAAAUUCCCUUACAAAAUGUAUUAUAUUAACCCAAAUUUUUGCCAAAUGCUGUGGUUUUUAUUAUAUAAAUUGCAUUUACAAUGAAACUGUGAUCUACAAUAAAAAAUUAAUUUAGCUCCUUGUCCAAGUCACUCAAUCCUAUAAAACAGAAAAAUCCCAGAUGAGAUCUCUUUAAUGUCUUAAUUAGUUCUCCUAGAAAUCAAGGAGAUUUAAUGGAUUUUACAUCUCACAAAUGCCACUAUUAAUCUGCAAUUACAGCAAUAUUAUUGAAGAUCUUAAUAUGAACUCAGUCAUUUCUCAAAAAUGUACCUAAAACAGUUUAUUUUACCUCUACAAUUUGCAUUAAUUUGGUUCUUUCUUACUCUUAAUGUAUUUUCACAAUUGUCAUCAUUUUAUGGAAAACAUCCCGAAGUUGAUACUUUUCAUUUUUUUCAACAAAACUUUGUAACAACUUAAUUUCAUCACAUUCAUGCAAUUAACUUGAUACAGUAUCUAAUAGCCCGGAUCUUUAUUUCUGAUCUCAGGACUUUAGUACAAUGCUUGAAGUUUAACUCUGUUGCUUUGGGUCUUUUUAAUGAUGUUGUAUUUUUUACAGAUAUUUUUGGCCUACGAUCUCUCACAAGAUGACUGAUCUGCUGAAGAAUUGCAUUUCAGAGAACCAGGAUCUUAUCGUGGACGUCAUCGAGCAGGGUGCUGAAGUGAUGGCCAGCAUCGCUGGAGAUCUUUCUCCCAUUUUCUCCAUUUUAGCUCAUUCUGUGAAGCUGGCGAUGGGUAACGUAGAAAGCAAAGACGUCCAGUUCAUGCAGGAACAGUUACAGAAGUUACAAGAUCGCCUUGCUGCCGUUUCUGAAGAGAGCCAGCAGAUUAUCGAGGAGCUCAAGAAAAGUCAAGCAUAUCAUGUCUACUCGUCCGUGGAGAACAACCUGAACAACCACUUCCGCAAAUUUACGGACAUCUUCAAAGCCAAAGAUCAGGCCAGAGAGUCCAGAAAGGACAUGUUCAUGGCCAGCUUCAAGAGGACGGGUGUAAAAGACAACCUCAACACUCUGUAUGAUGCUGUAACAGGGAAUAACUUCUCUGGAGAGUCUGUGCUGGAGAUCACGCUGAAUUACGAGCAGAAGAGCCGCAGGGCGGUGGAGGAAUUCUGCGCUAUGCUAAAGAACCUGUUUUGCAUCGGUUUGAUCACCUUACUGGGAUAUACAGCCAUGGAAGGCUCUGGUAAAGAGGAGGACUUACGUCAAGAUUGGGGCGAGAAAAUGAAAGUGGUCCAGUCUAAAAUGGACGAGGCUAUCGAAGAAUGCAUCAACAGCUUUCCCACACAAGCUGAGCUGGAUGCUGAGCGUAUCGUGAGAGGCCGUGCUGACAAAAACAACCAGCAACUGGCUGACAUGUUGAUGGACCAUUUAAAAAAGAAGUACGACUGGGUGUGCUGGUCAGUCCGUGUCUUUAACUCUCCCACAGGCCUGUUCGCCAACAAGAAAGACUUCCAGGGUUUGAUGGGAAAUAAUCAGUUUGUGGUGUCUGUGUCGGAUGAGAAAUUAAAUGUUGUGAUCUCCUACAGCGCAUCACCUGAACCCAUUGAUAAAGCCCUGAUACUGACCCUUAUUCUGUUUUUGGAACAGAAUAAAUGUAUAUUUAAAAAGUCCUCAAUGGCGAUGAUGUCCAAACAGAUUUUUGUGACAAUCCCUCAUUGUGUGGUGCACACGGUCAAGACCUCGUGUAAAGAUUUGGGCUUCUCCUGCAGCUUCUCUGAUGAGCGGCACUACUCUAUAAAGUUUGAAAACUUCCAUGUCUUUGUUCACUCUGAAAAAAACAAGGAGAAAAAUAGAAAAGCCAUAGUCAACAGCUAA